GCCGAACCAUUCUCCACUCUCUCGCGCACACACACUCUCCCCCAGACCUAGACCUAGGGUCGGCCACCAUGGAACCGCCGCCGCCGCGUCGCCGCGUCUCGCCGCCGGCGAUCCCGGACGAGCUCUUCGAAGAGAUCCUCCUCCGCCUCCCACCCGACGACCCCGCCUGCCUCCUCCGCGCCUCCCUCGUCUGCAAGGCCUGGAGCCACACCGUCUCCAGCCCCAGAUUCCGCCGCCGCCUCCAUGAGCUCCACCGCACACCCCCCGUGCUCGGCGUCCUCCACAACUGGGCGGACGAGCGCAUCCCCCGAUUCAUCCACACCACCGCAUCGUCCUUCUCCCUCGCCGCCCCGGUCUGGCGCACCUGGCGAGCCCUCGACUGCCGCCACAGACGCGCCCUCUUCUUCCCCCAGGAAUUCGGUGGUCCGGCAAUGCUCCUGUGGGAUUCAAUCACGGGCGCCCAGCAGCGCAUACCGGUGCCCGCGGCGUUCAAGAGCGACGAUUUCCCAACGGCUGCCGUGUUCUGCGCAGCCGACGGGUGCGACCACGGUGACUGCUUCGGUGGUCCUUUCCGCGUGGUCUUCUUCUUCACCGUCGAGGUAGACGAGGGGACGCACGCCACGUCGGCGUGCAUAUACUUGUCCGAGACUGGCGCCUGGGGCGAGCUGACCUCAGCUCACUCCAACCGCGAGUUCUUGGAAUUCAGAGAAAGCUACAGCGUGCUCGUUGACAGAUCUGCGCUCUACUUCAUGUUCGACGGCAACGCGGAUACUGCGUCGGUUGUGCAAUUUGACUUGGCAAGCCAUGACCUGACUGUGUUCGGCCUACCGGACACAUACCGACUUUGCAUAUAGCCUCGUGCUGGUGGAGGACGGUGGAAUCGGAGUAAUCCAAUGCUUGAAUACACGUCUCAAAUUGUGGAGAAGAGAGGCCAGCGCUGAAGUAGGAUGGGUGCUGAACCGGGUCAUGUGCUUGGAAAAUUUCCUCCCAGUGGAUGCUCUCUUGCAUGCACAACAUAAAGUGCAAGUGGUGGGCUUUGCUGAGGAAGCAAAUGUGAUUUUUGUUUGACACGGUUGCUGGCCUCUUCACAAUAGAGCUACUAUCGGGGCAUGUGAGAAAGGUGUGCAGUGAUCCUGGCGUCCGUAUUUUCGGUUCAUAGUUGCUCCCAAUUGUCAGCUUCUACACUCCUGUACCCCAAGGCAAGCACCAGAAUCUGCUAGCUUCGAAGCCUAGUGAGGAGGGCGAGAGGAGGAAAGAACAGUGGAUCAGGCACAACAAUUGUUGAACAAGGGGUCCAAUGCUACCAAGGAAGUUUUUAUUAACACCUUCGAAUACAUCAGCCAUGACCUUGAUAUCAGGAUUCCCUGGAGUUUGUGAAUGCACAACCAGGAGAGAUGAUGCCGGGAACUCAACGAGCUCUCAAAGCAAUGUCGACGAUGCUCCACCUUUGUAGAAAGGAUAGUUUGACUAUUGUGCUAUAUCUCUCAUUGUUCCUUCCUUGGGACCAUUGUUGGUACCAGAGCUGCACCAUUGUGUGGUGAAAUGCAUGAUUUCUGCUGAGGUUGCAUUGUUCUAUAGGCUUUGUAUGAAAUGAUUUUUCAAAGAAGUUGUCAAAUUAAUUGAACCUACAAUUUUAACAUGGCAUUGCGAUUCACCCGAGAAAGUCAUAUUACCCACAUAAAACAAUGGUCAUAUACUCCUGCAUGUGUGUUUAGACUUGGAAUUCAAUAGAACUUAUCUCUUGGAUUUACAACAUUAUUCUGUAUGGGGUCAUUUAAUUUUAAUAAUGUUAUUCAGUUUUGUAAUGUAGAUGAUGUUGGAGAAAAUAAUAGGCUUAAUAAUAUGUUUGUUUUAUUGGUUGGAUCAUUUUUGCAAAGUGUAUGCCAGCUACUUGCCUUAUAAGGUUAUAUAUACUUAUUUAGUUAUUCUUAUCUUUCUUACCGUUGGCGGCUUCACUAUUUUUUGUUUCUUGCAGUUUACUGUCUAAACUGUGUACUUGUAUCGGGUAGGUUUUGCUGCAUAAAAGUUACUUUUGUACUCCCUCCGUUGUAAAAUAGAUGACUCAAUUUUAUACUAACUUUAGUACAAAGUUAGUAUAAAGUUGGGUCAUCUAUUUUGGAACGGAGGGAGUAGUAAUCAUGUGUUACAAAUUUACGCAAUAAUGUGAAUAUCCAAUGGUUGCCUGUUGUGUGCUAUGUUAAGCAGAGGCUCUCAGGCAAGAUAGAAGAGCUAUUCUUCUAGUUCUUGCUUGCUUUAUUCCUCACAAGGGGUUCUUUUUAUAUAGAAGCCUAACAAUCUGAUCUAAGUAACAAAUCAUGGAUAUUACCCCUAAUUUGUUUAAGGCUCAAGCUAAAAGAUAUAUUCCUAAUUUAAAUGAUAAACUCCUAUCCGAGAGAUCAUGGGAAUCCUCUCCCUAACUUGGUGCUCGGUGGGCCAAUUAGACGUACCUAACAUUAUCUUUGUCACUAUCACCUUUGGAGAUACUUCCUUUGACUGUGUAUCCCAAAUUCUCAUUGAAAACUGAACUGUCUAUCAGAUUGCUGUCCGCAACAGUUAACAUGUCCUCUUUCGCUUGUUCUUCAGAGCAACAGCAAGAGGAAGAGGAGAGGAAACGUCAAUACAAAGAAAAGUGAAGAAGAAAGUGCAGGGUGGCCCAGAAUGAACCUGAGGACAUUGACCCCAGUGUUGUUGCUAUGAUGGGUUUUGGAUGUCGAAGAAGUGAAUGCUUUCAGGUGGUGUGUCUUUUCGUCGAAGAAGACAUGGCCGUCGGCUCGUUGCUAUAUGCUCCUGGAUCUCAUGAUUACGCCAGCCAGACACAGCUGUCUGAUGCAAAGCUUAAUAUUGGAACGAUGAAACUCUGUAAUGAAUGGCGACCUUGUGCUGUAAAUUGGUGAUCAUCCGAGUAACAUUUCAUCUUUGAGAAACAUGAUAACUAGCAGUUGAAGUACUCCAUUAUUAAUCUAUUUCUCAAGACCCUUGGGCUGCAUGUUUUCUCGGUCACAAGAAAAUAAUUAGCAGUUGAAGUAGGCUGUUAUUAAUCUAUUUCUCAAGACCUUCUUCUGCCGUCAGCACUACUUCUCUGUUUGAAAUUAUUUCAUUUCAUAGUGUAUGCAUUAUCUUAUAGCUGCAGUUUGGGUAUUAAUCUCCUAGGCCUUGAAAAACUAUAUGCAUUAUCUUACAGUUUGUGAGCAAUGACGCUUAAUUAGCAUUGUAAUGGUUAGGUGUUCUGUAAAUGAUAUGCUCGCCUGUUGGGAUAGUAUUCUUCUUUUCCAGAUCAACAUUUGUAAUUUGUAUCUCGCGUAAUUCUGCAUCGUAGCAACUUACGGGAU